AGUGAAGAUGCAGGCAGCUGGCACAAGGGAGGCAGCGCGUAUAGUUUGUUUUUUUAGUUAGUUAACUUCUCAGCCGAAAGCUCCCCUUCUGUUACGUUUGAGAGUGUGCGUGGAUAUACAACACGCUGGGCCAGAUGCGGUCCGGAGUGCCAGUGAAGGAGAGCGAGACUGAGACUGAAGGAGCAGGCUGUUGUCACAUCACUGGAUCCCACCUGCACGCCCAAUGGCUGGAGCUGAGACCUGCUUCCAAAAAGAGAGGCAAGAUAGCAGAGUCACUCCCCUGCAGACACGCGGAGAAGCUCAGCAGGGGGAGCUAGAGAUGGAAGCCAGUCCAGUAAAAGUUCAGAGUGAGCCAGUCUGCCAGGCCUCCUGUGACCAAGUGAAUCCGCAGCCUGAGACCACUAUCUUCAGUCUGUCACAGAGUGAGUCGGUGUGGACGGCAGAGAAGUCACAUAGCACCUGUGAGAUUUACCGUCACUCCAUCCUGUUAAUGUCUGUGGGGGGUUCCGUGCUUUUUUGUGGUUCUGUGAUCAGCGCCCUCUACUUUGGCGUUCGCACCCAACAAGUGGCCAGCAUCAUGGGCCCUGUGUUGGUCUCCGUGGGGCUCAUGGUGCUGGUAGUGGGUCUGGUCCUGGUGCCCAUAAUAAAGCAGGACCAAAAACCCCCCCCGCCCGUGAAGAGAAAACAAAGCUACCCAAGACAACCCAUCUUUAACCUCUGAGUGGAGCAGAGACGUGGGUGGCAUGCGGAACAGGUCCGGCAGGCUCCAGCGUCCAGGAGACCCGAUCAAACAGGGAUCACAAGUCUUACAAGCCUUGAGGAACGCUCUUCCGCUAAUUGUUCUUUCUGCAUUGUUUAUAAACAGCAAUGUUCCUCACCGAGUGACAUCUGAGAAAGUUAGAUCCAUCUCCAGACUGAAUCAACGUCUAUAGCUCCCACUCACUAGGGCGAUUUCCUGCGGCAGGACCGGUGACAUCCCGUGUACACUAUCUACAUGAAGAGCUUGUCUGAACUGUGCGAUGCUUGUAAACAGCUUUAACCCAUCAGAGUGUUCAUGUGUCAUGUUAGUUAAUGAGUAUUUAAACAUAUAUUUGGGGCAGUAUGCUGGCCUCACAUCUCCAGGCACGUGAAACUGAAUCAGAAGCAAAAUCAGAAUCAGGAAAAACUUUAUUGAUCCCGGAAGGAAUCUGCUGCAGCCGCAUAGAUAGACAGAGACACCACUGGACACGAUGAAGACUAUACAACAAAAUGAAAAUAAUAUAUCACAAAAAAAAAUUAAUAAACAAAAUAAAAUAUAAAAGAUAGAAUAGAUGUCAAAUUAACCACACUAUAAUCUCUUUAGGAGUUUAUGUAACUACUAUAAAACUAUAUGUAACUAAUUUCUCAAUUUCUACUGCGCUGUAUCACCCAGUCAAAUUCCUGUGUACUACAGUAUGUGCAUUUGGUGAUUAAACUGAUUCUGAUUCUGAUGUGACUAGUUAGAUGAAAGAUAAAUUAGCUAAAAUGCUGCACAGCAGAAGUGUUUAAUAAGGUGCAUU